AUGGAUGCAAGGCGGAUAAAAGGUUUCUCUCCCAUUCAAAAAUACACGGCUACAAUUCGUCAGUUAGCAUACGGCAUGGGCGCAGACAAAUGGGACGAGUAUUUUAAGAUGUCAGAGCGUACCGUGUGGGAGUGUAUGUACAAGUUCUGCAAAGUGAUAUGUUUGGUUUACAGGCAACGACAUUUGCGCAAACCAACUAUCAACGAUAUCCACCAAUUAUACACGGUACAUGAAGGCAAGCAUGGAUUCCCUAGAAUGUUUGGUAGUAUCGACUGCAUGCAUUGGGAUUGGUCAUUAUCCCCCAACGCAUGGCGUGGUCAGUACAUGAGAGGCGACCACAAAGAGCCGACGAUCGUUCUAGAGGCUAUCGCAUCACAUGAUCUUUGGAUAUGGCAUGCAUUCUUUGGUCCAGUUGGUGCAAACAAUGACAUCAAUGUGCUAAACCAGUUGCCGGUAUUCAACGAUAUCUACCUUGAAAAGUCGCACGAUGUACAUUUUCAAGCAAAUAGGGUAGCAUGUAAGUGUGGCUACUAUCUUACUGACGACGAGGAUUCUGAUAUGUUCUUUGAGAUCAAAGAUUCUGAUGACAUGAGUGAUGUUCGGGAGAAUGAGGAAGAAGAUGAGGUCGAUGACGAGGACGAUGAUUCCGAGUGA